GUCCACGUUAGUUCCGAGCGACUGGAUGUGCGCGUCGCUGCGAGCUGUCUCUCCUCAAGACCGAAGAUGGCGGUGUCCGUGUUCUCCGGCGUGCGGCUCCUCUCCAUCGGGGACGCGAACGGAGACAUACAGCGACAUUCCGAGCAGCAACCUUUGCGUCUAGAGGUGAAAACCACCCAAGAUGCGGCCCUCAUAAGCCUUUCGAACAAUGAGCAGGCGUGUGUGUUUAAGUGUUCGUUGUCGCGGGAGACGGAGUGCAGUCGCGUGGGGAAGCAGUCCUUCAUCAUCACAUUGGGCUGUAACAGUGUGCUCUUGCAGUUUGCCUCCCCCACAGACUUUUCCUCCUUCUACAACCUCCUGAAGAACUGCCGUGGCCACCUAAAUGAGCACUCAGUGUUCAGUGAGCGGACAGAGGAGUCGUCGGCCGUGCAGUACUUUCAGUUUUAUGGUUACCUCUCUCAGCAACAAAACAUGAUGCAGGAUUACGUUCGAACUGGAACUUAUCAACGUGCCAUUCUCCAGAACCACACUGACUUCAAAGACAAGGUGGUGUUGGACGUGGGCUGUGGCUCGGGGAUCCUCUCAUUCUUUGCAGCUCAGGCUGGUGCGAGGAAGGUAUAUGCUGUGGAGGCCAGCACCAUGGCUCAGCAUGCAGAGGUUCUGGUGAACAGCAACAGGCUGACCGAUCGUGUGGUAGUGAUUCCUGGGAAGGUGGAGGAGGUCACCGUCCCUGAGCAGGUGGACAUCAUCAUCUCAGAGCCCAUGGGCUAUAUGCUGUUUAAUGAAAGAAUGCUGGAGAGUUACCUGCAUGCCAAGAAGUUCCUAAAACCUAAUGGUAAAAUGUUCCCCACCAUCGGCGACGUCCAUCUUGCACCCUUCACAGAUGAGCAGCUCUACAUGGAGCAGUUUACCAAGGCCAACUUCUGGUACCAGCCUUCUUUCCAUGGGGUGGAUCUGUCUGCGCUAAGGGGAGCUGCUGUGGAUGAGUAUUUCAGACAGCCUAUUGUGGACACAUUUGAUAUCCGAAUCCUGAUGGCCAAAUCGGUAAAAUACACAGUCAACUUUCUAGAAGCUAAAGAGGAAGACCUUUAUAAGUUAGAGAUCCCCUUCAAGUUCCACAUGAUGCACUCCGGCCUGGUGCACGGCCUGGCUUUCUGGUUUGACGUGGCAUUCAUGGGAUCUGUGAUGACUGUGUGGCUCUCCACAGCCCCUACAGAGCCCCUGACUCACUGGUACCAGGUGCGCUGUCUGCUGCAGUCACCCCUCUUCGCCAAGGCAGGAGACACCAUGUCAGGCACCGCCCUACUCAUCGCCAACAAGAGGCAAAGCUAUGACAUAAGUAUUGUUGCUCAAGUGGAUCAGACAGGCUCCAAGUCUAGCAACCUCCUGGAUCUGAAGAACCCCUUUUUCAGGUACACAGGCACCACCCCUAACCCUCCUCCAGGCUCACACUACACCUCCCCUUCUGAGAACAUGUGGAACUCUGGGGGAGCCUAUAGUAUGAGCCAAGGCAUGGCUGUGUCAGGGAUGCCAGCAGCUUAUGACCUCAGCACUGUCAUUGGUGGCAGUGGCUCUACAGUUUCCCACAACAACCUCAUUCCCCUUGGUACAGACACGCAUGCACUGAACACGGGGAUUGUGAAUCAUACUCACUCCAGAAUGGGCUCCAUCAUGAGCACGGGAAUUGUCCAGGGAGCCACUACGGGUCAGCAGGGUCCCAGCAGCAGCAGCACACACUACCCUGUCACCAACCAGUUCACCAUGGGUGGCCCUGCGAUCUCCAUGGCCUCCCCCAUGGCUAUCCCCAGCAACACCAUGCAUUACGGGAGCUAAGGCCCCUCCUAGGCCCCCUGCAUGUUCAGCCUCCCAAACUGACCACAGCCAAAACCAGAAUACCAAAUCCAGUGCUGCAGUCUCUGGGCUUCAUCUCUCCUCUAUCAUCUUGAUAUGUUAUAUAGUAGUAUAUAUAUAUAUUUUCUCUCUCACUAUCUUUCUGUGGUGUUUGUUCUCACAUGUCCAUCCCUCACAACCUGCAAUGCCAGCAUUCACUCUUUCUCUCAAUCAGCCAGCCAGCCAGUCUGAGGUAUGCCGCUGUUGCUGUCCUCCACAGCAGUGCGGUGUGGCUGCCGAACAGUUCCAGGACGAGCCACAGGGAGGCAGCACUUGGUUGUCUAUAGACUGAAGAGCACAAACUGACAUGAUCGUUGAGAUCCAUCGGACAAGGACUCAAUUGUACGGGAUGUUGACUGCGGGACAGUUCCCAAAAAAAAAAAAAAAUUAUAUAUAUGCAGACAGGCAUUCACACUAGACAUGAUGGAUCGUUGAUGAGAUUAGGAUGAAGCUGUUUUCUCUCUCUCUCUCUCUCUCUCUCUCUCUCUCUCUCCACACUUAACUCUUGGUAUGAAAUCUUCACCUUUACCUGUCUAAACAUCUGCAACACAUCUGGAUUCCCUAUGCCUCCCAGGAUCAUGAACUCAUGUACAGUUUAUGCUGUAGGCACCCAGCCUAUCAAGGCAACUAGUGCACCGACCGUCAAACCUUCCUGUAGAGAACCAUGUGUAGAUAAGUUCCUCCUUGUAGUUCUUUCCGUAUCAGUGUGUGCUCAUCCCGUCUCUUCUUAAUGUCGUGCUGUCCCAGAUGUGUGUGGCUACAUGUUCACUUGAGAGAUUCACAAGCAGGGUCAGCAAGACCGCGUCAGUCAAGCCCCGCCCAACACCACCGGUAACACACAACCUGCCUCCUUUCUGGAUUUUAUUGAUGGCCUGUUUAGUUACUGAGCGUUGGAGGACCUGGCUGUUCCAGAGACCUGCCCUCCACUCCCCCACCAGCUCCACUCACCCAACCCCUAACUGCAGAUUGCCAUGUGGGAUGAUGAGCCUUGCAGUCUGCGCAGAAGUGAGGAAUUAGUUUAAUCAGACAGAUGGAUGAGCCAGGCGGUGGUGUCUGUGGACAUAUUCGUUGGCCACUGCAGCAGGAUAAUAGUUUGAAUCAGCUGUGUCCUAGUUUACAUCCCCACACCCUUCCUUUUGACCUGUGUGUGUGUGUGUGUGUGUUGAGACUGUUGUUUAGGUAACUGGAGGAUUGAGGCCCUUGUCAGCCCUCCCUUAUCGAGAUCUGAGCAUCCCUUGGCCCUUCUGCUCCUGCCUCUCCUACCUUCUCCACUCUGGGCGCGUCAGAGCCCACACACGGACUUUGAAAGUGUAUGAAUUGCUUCCAGUCUUUUUUUUUUUUUUUUCAUUUGUUUUGAUUUAGAAACUUUCAGUGAAGAAACCGCUUGCUAGUUUGUAGAAUUAACUUUUUUUCCCCCUUUCUUUCACAAAAAUCAACAGACAAAAAAAAACAUGCAAAUUAAAUGUUGGUGGAGACGUCCCUAUAAAGUCUGGCUUCAUCUGACCUCUCAUUUCAGAGGUUCAGCUGCUGAUGUAAUGGAAGCCACAAGUUGAAUGUUUGUUUUAAAUUUGUGUAAUCACUGUGCAGUUUCACACACAGAUUAAAGUGUAGCUGCACCUUCCA